CCCUCCGGCCAUCUCGCAAGUCACAACUGCACCGGCCAUACUAUGCAGUAUGCACACGCAUUUGGCAAUUGCCCAUGAUUACCAAUAACGAAUAGCCACGAUUACCUAUGCUUUUGUCAUCUGCGAUGCUGCCGAUGCACAGGAUGCCUUGCGCUUACCUAACUCGGCUCUCGGGCUGUUUCACAUGCGCGUCCACCGGCUCGCGACAUUGGAGACGGGGCAUCUUUGUUGAUCUUGGUGAGCCUCACAGGGGUCCGGGGAGCUGAGAACACGGGCGCCGCGUUUGGUACUAAUACCCCCUUUGCCACCUCUCCGUCUGUUGCCUCCUCGAUUCGACGCCACAGCCCGUGCUCUCUUCCAACUCUCCAGCCAAGCAAAACAACCCACACACUCAUCCAUCCACUCAUCAACAUGUCCUCCUUCGCCAACCUGAAGCCCAUCAAGGUCUGGGGCAAGGGCGGCCCCAACCCGCCCAAGGUGGCCAUCCUGCUCGAGGAGCUGGGCCUGCCGUACGAGGCCAUCCCCGUGCCGCUCUCGGACGUCAAGAAGCCCGAUUACACGGCCAUCAACCCCAACGGGCGGCUGCCGUCCAUCUACGACCCCAACACGGACCUGACGCUAUGGGAGUCGGGUGCCAUCAUCGAGUACCUGAUCGAGAAGUACGACCCGGAGCACAAGUUGUCCUUCCCCGCCGGCACGCCCGAGUCGUACCACGCCAAGCAGUACCUCUUCUUCCAGGUCUCGGGCCAGGGCCCCUACUACGGCCAGGCCGCCUGGUUCCAGGCCUUCCACCAGGAGAAGCUCCCCAGCGCCAUCGAGCGCUACGUCGGCGAGGUCAACCGCGUGACGGGCGUGCUCGAGGGCAUCCUCAAGAAGAAGGCCGAGGAGGCCGGCGGCUCUGGCGCCGACGGCCCGUGGCUGGUCGGCAACAAGUACUCGUUUGCCGACCUCGUCUUUGUCUCGUGGCAGACCAUCAUCACCAAGCUCAUCUCGACCGAGCAGUACAACCCGGAGGACUACCCCCACGUCAAAGGGUGGAUCGAUCGGAUACUGGCGAGGCCACCGGUUCAGGCCGGUCUGGGCCAGGGUGGUAAGCUCACGUAAGGGGGAUGUGAUGGGCAAUGGAUGUUCAGCAAGCGGAGGGCAGGGAUAAAAGGUGUUAAAUCUGGGCUCAUGUCAACCAACAAGCGCCUCAGAAAUGCCAAAGUGCUAGCACUCCUGUUAUCUGGCCGAGGCUUAGUUACAUCAAGCAGGGUAGAUCAAAUGAGAUCUGGUGAUCUGGUUUAAGUGUA